CUAAAAUUAUAAUGGGUAAAAAAGAACCCAUUUGCUCCAAAGCUGAAUGACAAUAUUCAGCUAGAAAUUAUUCAAAAUUAAAGACUGAAAAAGAAGAAUACCUCCACAACAACAAAAUAGCCAAUUCCAAACUUCAGAUUUCCCUCUACCACAAAAACAAGAGAAGAAGAGAAGAUCCAAGAAGAACAGAACUAAGAAGAAAAGAGCCAAGAAGAGACAUCUUUAAGGCCAAGAGGAAAUCGCAUGACAAGCAUUGACUGUCUAGGGCUGGCAUAAAAGAUUUCACCGAAGACCAACAUAUUUUCGAGAAAAAAGAUAUGCCUAGCACAGAGCCAAAGCUUGAUCUCUUAGAUAACCCUGAGAAAGAGCCAAGUCCUCCUCCCAUCGAUACUCCUCCACUAAUUUCUGAAUUGGCAUUGAAUCUUUCAUCUAAGACUUUACUGAAUACUCAAAAUCAGUCUCCGAAGAAAACACUUGUAAAAGAUCCAUCUAAAUUCCCUGAAGGAAGUCCAGAAGCACCCAGAAGCAAAAGAAACAGAAGACAAAGGAUGAACUUAGCGGAACUCUUUGAGGAAGAACAAUCAGACGAGGACCUUAAAGAAACAGAAGAGAAUGUGGUAGAAUCUGACUUUGACAAUAAGAGUGUAGCUAGUCCAGACAGCGAAGAAGAAUUAGUUGACUCAGAAUCUGACUACUCAGAAGAAGAUACCCCUAAAAAGAAAGGAAGGAAGCAGAAGAGAGUCCCACUUAUCAAGAGCAGAAGAAGAAAGAAAAUUUACCAAAAAGAUACAGCAAGAAUGCAAACAAGAUAAUCCCAGCACAAAGAUGAAAACAAUCAAGCUAAGGAAGAAGAGCAAAGCCAGGGACUAGUAAAGAGUAUUUGCAGAUCAAAGAAAGAUAGCUGGAAGGCACCUACAAGAGAGAUCCCUUAGAAGCAAAUAAUUAUGAAAGACCAAUUUUAAGCAAACUUAAGCAAGAAGUUAA